UUCUCAAGCAGCGCUCUGUCUCACUGCAAUGUGGUUUUCCUCUCAGGGAAGCACUCAAGCCCUGAAUUUUUAGUCUGUUUUGCACAUGCUGUCAGAAGCUAGUGGAAGACAGUUUUCUUUUUAAUGCAGAAAAGAGGACAAGCUUUUACUGUCUGUAGACUGAGUUAUUUGAGGAGAACAUGAAGAGUGCUGCCAAGCCUUGGAGUCCAGUGGCAAAGCCAGGGAGUCAUGGGGCUGAGAGAGGAAAAUCUCUUUCCACCACCACAACAGGAAUGAAGACGUCCAAGUCUUCCACAUCACUCGCCUUUGAAUCUCGGCUCAGCAAGCUGAAGAGGGCCAGCAGUGAUGACAUGCUUACCAAGCCAGGGGUGACAGCAGGUCCUGGAGUCUCCAGGCUGAAGAAGACCAUUACAACAGGAGCCAUUUCUGAGCUUGCUGAGAGUCGCCUGAAGCCCAGUGCAGGAACAGUGUCAGCUGCAAAGCGCUCGGGGAUUCCAGCGCCCCGGGAAAUAGCAUCCUCUGUAUCCAGAGAGCGAGCUGUCCUGCGUGGCCAAGCCAAUGCUAGGAAAACACAGCCCAGCCUCACUUCUUCUGGUACACUGACUCCUACCAAACAUGUGCGCCCCACUAGCAAGUCCAAGCAAGAGAAUGAAAGUGGUGACAAGGCUGUUCUGGAAUCUCAGGUUAAAGAGCUCCUGGCAGAAGCAAAGACGAAAGAUUCUGAAAUCACCAAACUCCGCUGUGAAUUGAAGAAAUGCAGAGAGAAAGGGUCACUUAAUGCUGAAGGAAUGGGUGCUUCCAACCAAAAUGUAGAAACAGUGUCACCUGUUGACAUAGAUCCAUUAAUACGGACCCUUCAGGAGAAAAACAGGACUUUUCAGAAAGAGCUUGCUAGCCUGGGAGAAGAAAACCGUGUUUUGAAAGAGAAAUUGCUUUAUCUAGAGAACUCUUCUCUCUCAGACACAACAACGAGCAGUGGAGGCAACAGCAGCCUCCCAACCCCAACUACCCAAGAGUCCAGUUUUGGAAGCCAAUCAAAAAAUGUGUCGAGAGGUGAAAUGGAUGAGCGCAGGCAGCAUGUGAAUGGGGGGACACUGCGCAAUUCGGGUUCUUCUAGUAGUGAUGUGACUAAAGCUUCCUUGUCACCCGAUGUGUCUGAUUUUGAACAUAUAGCAGAUGUACCUUCCAGGCCAACAUCCUCCAACAGCAACCACUUCAAAGGUUCCAAAUGCUCCACUACAGGAAGUUCUCCAAACAAUAUUAGUGACCUUUCUGUUGCGUCUCUUACAGAGAAAAUACAAAAGAUGGAGGAGAAUCACCACAGCACGGCAGAAGAAUUACAAGCCACUUUGCAGGAGCUAUCAGAUCAACAGCAAAUGGUGCAGGAGCUGACAACAGAAAAUGAGAAGCUAGUGGAGGAGAAAGCUCUCUUGGAGACUUCCUUUCAUCAACACAGAGAUAGGGCAGAACAACUGAGCCAGGAAAAUGAGAAGCUAAUGACUCUUCUCCAGGAGCGAUCCAAGAAUGAAGAAAGCAGAGCUCAGGAGGGGAAGGUCCUUGAGCUGGAACAGAAAUGUGCAGAAGUUCUUGAGAAAGCACAAUUUGAAAGAGAGAAAUUGCUCAACAUUCAGCAACAGUUAACCAGCAGCCUACGAAGCUUAGAAAGGGAGCAUCAGGAUGCCCAGCAGGUGAUUAAAAGCCUGAGAGAAGAAAAUGAGAAGCUGCUUAAACGUCUAGAAGUGGAACAGCAGAACAACAGCACAAUGACAAAAACUCUGGAGGACUGUAAAAUUGCCUUAGAAGGUCUGAAAAUUGAGAAUGGCUCACUCAAAACUCAGCUAGAGAGUGAGAAACAAAAGGCUGCCGAAAUCAAUGUGAUGGGAUGUACUACUGACAACUCUGAGGUGCAAGAGAUGCUGAAAGUAGCCCGUGCAGAAAAGGAUCAGUUAGAAGCAGCUUGCACUGAGCUUAAGCAAGAGCUGCUGAAGGCAAACAGUGAACUGAAGCACAGUCAGGGUCUGCUAUCUAAGGCUGAGACUGAGUGUGGUCAGCUGAAGGAGCUGUGUGACCGGCAGGCUGAGCAACUGAGCAGAACCAGCCAGAAGCUGCAGGAAAAAACAUCUGAGAAUGAAGCAGAUAUAAAAAACCUGAAAGAGACCAUUUUUGAGCUGGAGGACCAGGUGGAACAACAUCGUGCUAUAAAACUUCACAAUAACCAGCUCAUCAGUGAGCUAGAAAGUAAAGCAAUGAACCUGGAAGAACAAAAACAAGAUACAGAGAGGCAGCUGAAGGCUCUCACUAAGAAAAUGAAGGAAGAUACAGAAGAGUGGAGGCGUUUUCAAGCUGAUCUGCAGACUGCAGUGGUUGUAGCCAAUGAUAUUAAGUGUGAAGCCCAGCAGGAGCUCCGUGUGGUAAAGAGGAAGCUUCAGGAGGAAGAGGAGAAGAGUGCCAGACUGCAGAAGGAGCUGGAUGAAAUGAAGGGCAGCAACAGGCUGAUAGCUGAAGAGGUAGAAUCUCUAGAAGCAGAUACAAGCAACCGCUGGCAAGGAGUCUGCGUUAACAGAGCAUCUCCCACACCAUCAGAAUCUACAGCCACUGUGAAGUCACUGAUAAAAUCAUUUGACUUGGGAUGCUCAGGUAGCACUGGACAAAAUAUCACAGUUCACAAAGUCCCAAGGAGCCCUUUAAGUGGAAUUCCAGUGAGGACAGCCCCAGCAGCUGCUGUUUCCCCCAUGCAGAGACAUUCUGCUUAUAAUAAUGCCAAGCCAGUCAACAAAGGUAUCGCCAGACAUGCAGAUCUUUCAGACCUUCCUCUUGCAGACCUUCUGAAGGGGAGAAAUGAAGAGCUGAAACCAGACCAUUACCUGCGUAAAAGCCCCUCCCUGGAAUCCCUGAGCAAACCUCCUAUGGCCUUCAGCAGCAGAAUGCUUACCUCUACCCCCAGCAGCUUGAAACCCCAAAGCAAACUCAGUGUGGAGAGAAAGGACCCACUGGCAGCCCUGGCUCGAGAGUAUGGUGGUUCAAAGAGGAAUGCUCUGUUAAAAUGGUGCCAAAAGAAGACUGAAGGUUACCAGAACAUUGAUAUUACCAACUUCAGCAGCAGCUGGAGUGACGGGCUGGCCUUCUGUGCUCUCCUGCACACGUACUUGCCUGCACAUAUUCCUUACCAGGAGCUCAACAGCCAGGAUAAAAAGAGAAACCUGCUGUUAGCAUUUCAAGCUGCUGAAAGUGUAGGCAUCAAACCCAGCCUGGAACUUAGUGAGAUGAUGUACACAGACCGCCCAGACUGGCAGAGUGUGAUGCAGUAUGUUGCCCAGAUUUACAAGUACUUCGAGACCUGAGACACAGAGCAAGAGGUGGACAGAAAUGGGGAAGAGAACAAAGAAUGCUACAGAUGCACUCGAUCACUUUAAAAGUCCACUUGCUCCUCUUCCACAACCAACCUAAGCUCUUAGUUUGAAAGAAAGCUCUUCCAUAAUUCUGAUGACAUCUGGGACUACAACCAAAUAAAUAUCCAUUGUCUUAUCUACGCAAACCAAAUUAAUCUGUAAGUUUAUUCCCAUGUGGAAGUUGCAGAGUGUUUUCAAACACGUGGGAUUUUCUGAAGAGGAUCCCUUGUGCUAAACAAUGUUUGCCUCAAACUAGACUCCACCAACAGGAGACCUGCUACAAAAUGAAGAUCUGAAUCAAUGUGGACUAUACUGGUACUCAAGGGAGGCUGGGAGAUUCAUGUUAAUAUGAAAGCUCACAAAAAUGCUCUUCUUGCCAAAACGUGCUUAACUCAUCCCAAAUAUAUGUUGUUUUCUUGCAUCCAUGUAUUUUAUAAAACACCAUGACAGAUGCACAUAAGUGUGUAGAACCUUAACCUCAGUUAUUCUCACACACCUGAUUCAGUAAGUAUACUAGUGUGCUUGUCAUAGCUUAGCCAGCAGGCUAAUAACAGGGUUAUUUGUAACUCAGAAACUGUGUUCUCAUCCAUCACCAGUUAAAGAACUCUAAAAGAAUCCUGUGAGGUGCCGAGACUUCAUUUCAGAUCAAACAGAAGUAAUUUCUGAGGGAAAAAUAGGUUUAUUGCUACAACUUUGUUACUUGAUUACUAUGGGAAGCCAGAGCUUGUUUUCCCAGCUGACUGUGCAGGCACAGUUAUCCUAGGAAUAUUGCAAAUGCAAUUUGCUAGCUUUAGUCUGCAAGGUGCCAGUAAUCAGGUGAUGACUAAGCAAUACAGUAACAUCUCAGUAGUAUAUAUCUGUGUGGAUUGAGUGGAGUAACUUCUUUCUUCUGUGUUGAUCCUGUAUAAUCAGCACAGAUGUGUAAUUGCUGUGUAGAGGCAUGACUCCUGAGGCAUCCUGUGCUCUGUCCAUUAAAAUAUGGUCCACAGGGCACUGUUAAAUACUUGGAAGUGACGUUACCCUGUAAAGGAACACAGCAAUACAUUAGUACUGAUGGAAGUUGCAACUUCACAAGUUACAAAGAUUGUAACUGGAACCCCUCUGUGUGUCAUGGAAAUCUUUAAGGCGCCAGAGAAUAGCUUUCCAGCUCAACGAUACUGUUAGAAAAUGUCUGAAAGAUACUGUUUAAUUUCCAUUUUACCAUUUCUCUUAUUUCAUCUCGUGAAGUUAAAUUUUCUGUUGGACUCCAAGGGUAGCAGGAUCAAAGAGGCUGCUUGAUUUGUUCUCAGAGCAGGUCUUGGAGAGUGGGCUUUGCACAGGACCUCAUAGGAGCCGGUCUCACUGGUUUAGAUAAUGCUGGUAGAAGAAAGUUGUUUAGUUAGCAUGUUUAACCCUGUGACCAGACUUGAUGCUUUGUGGAUGGUAAUUAUAGAGAGCUAGGGAUAAUUCCUCUCUUGCAAAAGAAGUAAUAGUGCAUGCUCACUGCUCUUAACUCCUGAAAAAAAGGCUCAUGAAAUAGAAACAAAUGAUUUCACAGAAAAAACUUGGUUUCAGGUUUUCUGGGGCUUUCUUUACAGGCAGCUGAUCUCAGCCUCUGGCUUCCCCACAGUGCUCUGUUGUUUGUUUUUCUUAGUACUAUUUAAUUAGUAAACAAGCUAUUUCACACUUUGGCUUUCUCACAGCAAAAUACAGGAUUAAGGGAUAGGUGAUAGUACUGAACAGAAAUGAAGCUGGAGGAAUGCGAGGGGAAAAGCAUCACUUGCUCUUAGUUUUAGUCUGACAUUUAUUCUAAUUCAUUACCCCCAGGAAAGUCUGAUUCCAAUCUUUUGAGAGUCUGUGUGAUAAAAAAGGACAGUGGCAAGCACUUACGGUGCCCUUGCACUCUUUGUGUCAUCCUAUACUGUGAGAAAGCAGUUGUAAAUGCUGGCCAGAAUUAUUUCUUUGCAAGAGAAUGCUUUCUAGAUUGAAUUAGCUCUCCAGUAUUUUUAAGCGUACACUCAGCCAUCCCUAGAGAACAUAGGAUGAGUUGCUCUAAGUGUUCCCAGAUACAAGUCUCCUGUUAUGUGAUAAGAUGGAAGAGAAAAAUAGCUGCUAAGCAGAGUUCAUUUCGGAAGACAGUUACACUGCAGAACUCCGCUGCCUUGUGGCUGCAGCAGCUCUUGUCCCUUGAGGUAUCCAUUGGCAGAGAUCCCAAUUCUGUCCAACAGGCUGUGGUUCAAAGCAUAGUGAAGUCAACACAGAAAAUUCCAUAUUCCUCAGUGGGCUUUGGAUUGGGCACUUGCAGGGAUGAGAAAACUGUUUUAAUUCCCAGUGCCUGGUAAACAUUUCAAAGUCAGAGGGUUCCACUGGAUCCAAAAAGGAAAGAUAAUCUUAACCCUCUACUCACAGGGGGCGUGUGCUCCGUGUGACGGUCAGAUGUAUGCUCAAUGCAUGUGCUGUCUGAUGUGUCAGCAUCACUUGCUUCCAGCACUGUUCUGACAUUUAUUCUAAUCUGGUUCUCCAAGACUCUAACCAUUUUUGAUUGAGCAACUUUUUGGGCUUUUCCCCAAACGAUUUUUGCAAAGUAAUGUUCCUGUCAUCUCUUUGCAGCUUAUUGUUGUGUCCCCAUCAGCACAGACCAAACACUAAUUCUACCCAAUUCUAAUGGUAUAUUCUUAACAUUUCUGUUAUUUACUUAUUUAGGAGUUAGAACAAGGAGCCAUCUGUCAGUAGGAAAUGAUAACCAGUUUCACUGUUUGCUGAGUGUUACUUUCCAGUCCUCAAACCUGCAAAACUCCUCAUUUGGAAAAGGUGAUACUUUGAGACUGAGAGAUGGUCUUCAAGGUUAUUCUUUGAGAUUGAGAAUGUUGUCUAUUUGUUCGUUUAACUGUUAACAGUAUUGUGUGUUUUUCUUCUUCCUUUUGAACCUUGCAUAGUUACAUUUCUAGAUAUGGAUUUUCAGAAAUCAUUGUUUUGCUUCAUGCUGCCCUAAAAUUUGAAUAUGAAUUAAAAUUUGUUCCACCCAAGAUGCUGCAGACCUGAAAAUCUACAGGCCCUGUGAGACAUCUCAAAUUUGAACUGUAAAAUUGAAGUUCUAGCUGCCUUCAUAAUUAGAGAGUUUGUUGAGUAAGUUAAGCUAGAGGAUAUAGGGAUAAUCAUCAUAGGAGUUCUGAGAAUGCUCUGAAAAUGUCCUAAAAUGGAUGGUGCAAUGUGUUGUAUCAGUAACAAUUUGCCUAAGUCCUUUUGGACUCUGCCUGUUUGGAGUAAUGGAUCUUUCCUUGAUGCAGGCAGAUGAAAUCUUUUCACUGUGUCACCGUAUGCUCCCUAAAUGUACAGUCACUCUUCAACAUACCUGCACAUGCUUGAGAGUUCUUGGGUAGUCUGUUGGACUACAAGAAACCAAAUAGCUGAUUUUGGACAAGCACGUGAGAAGAAUGGUUAGGAUGGGGAUUUCAGUGAAGUUCCAUGGAGGGAUAUUGCAUUGUGUGACUGUUGUACCAUAGCUGCUAGAGAGGAAAGGAGAGUGAAGUGCAGAAAGUAUACAGUGUGGCUCCCAGAGCUGGUGGGUCAUAGAAGGUACAAGUCAUUCCAUGGCUUGGGAAGGUACAGAGGUGUUGAGAAGCGAGCUCAGAGCCAGCCCUCUGAGAAGGUUUUCUAGAAAGGCUGAUGAGCUGUUUCUGAAAGUACACAAGGGAACUGAAUGAUGGAGUGGAGUCCAGUGUGUGAGGAGAGGGGCAUACAUGGGACAUGGACCUGGGCUUUUGUGGACAGCAAAGGACAUCAGCUUGAGAGCCCUUACUGUCACCUGGAGUGACAUUUCUCCUAAGAGUGCAUCCUGGGGUGGAUCUAGGAAGACGAAGAGGGAAGAGAGCACAGAGCUUGCUGCCUUUGCCAGGUUCUCCUUCCUGUGCCUGUGACAGCCAUGGAAAUGCAAAGGAGACAAAGAUUCCUGGUCCUUCCUGUGCUGCAGCAAGGCACUGUGCUAGGCAGAGUGGUUUUUGAUUUAUGCACGUUCUCCUGUUUCCUCUCGGUGAGACACAUUCUCUUUGAACUUUGGCAGGUUUUCUUUUUGUGUUCUGAAGUUGCUUUUACAGUUUUACUCUGAUUAUCUUGUUUUGUAUCUGCAACCAGCACAAGUUUUACGUCCAGACCAAAUAAGUGCACCCUGGCAGAGUGAUUUGGUCUUCCCUGUUUGAUUCCUGACCUGGAACUCUUCCAGAUCUGCCUUUUUGCAUCACUGACUUUCUCUCUUCCUUGGCAAUCAAGUGUGAGCAUUGGCUCACUGGUUGGUUUGUACCUCCCUCAUCUUUCUGCGCCUUUGGUACCAGGUCUUCCAGCAGGGAGCAUCUGACGGGGCAGCUGUGUGCAAAGUUGUGCUUCAUGUAGCUGAGAAAAGGUAGGGUCUGUAUGGGAUGAGAUUGUACAUUUUCCUGUCAGAAGAGGGCUUUUCCUAAAAAGACUCAGGGCACUGAGCAUUAAAGCAUUUUUAAACCCAGCAAUAACUUGUACUAUGCUAGACUGUAUUGGUUUUUACCGACUCCAGUGCCAUUUAGACUAGCUCACCGAUAUGGUGCAGAAUCAAGCUUAUAACUGCCUGCAGUUACCAGGUUUCUCAGCUGAUGGUCUCUACAUUUCUGACUUGCACAUGUGCCAAGUUCCACUGGGCAGUGCUGGACACAAUGUUUUUUUAUUGAUUGUGGGUCCAGACUUGAGUUUGUCAUCUGGGAUAAUCACCUCUAACAAGUCUUCUAGCUUUCUCUGUUGGGUACAGAUGUUACAUCAUAAUCUAAUUUAUACAAAGAGCACAUUAGAAUGUAUAUACUAGGCAUUGCCAGAUUUGGGCAUGCUGAUAUUUAAAGAUUAACAUUAUUAAAAUGUACGAUGCAAAAAUCUGUGUAAUAUUUCUAAUAAAUCUUUUUCUGUUUCUGA